CACGGUGACGCGGCGGUCACGCGCCGCCAUGCUGUCCCGGCUGCUGAAGGAGCACCAGGCGCGCCAGAGCGAGCGGCGCGAGCUGCAGGAGCGGCGGCGCAGGGAUGCGAUCGCGGCUGCCACCCGCCUGACCCAGGCGCUGGUCGAUCACCUUAACGUGGGGGUUGCCCAGGCCUACAUCAACCAGAGGAAGUUGGACCAGGAGGUGAAGACCCUGCAGGUGCAGGCGGCGCAGUUCGCCCGGCAGACCGGGCAGUGGAUCACCAUGGUGGAGAACUUCAACCAAGCCCUCAAGGAGAUUGGGGACGUGGAGAACUGGGCCAGGAGCAUCGAGAUGGACAUGAGGACCAUUGCCACCGCCCUGGAGUACGUCUACAAGGGGCAGCUGCAGCCCCCCUGCUCCUGAG